CCUCCGGCCUGGCGCUGGGGGGGCGAGGCUACGCUGGGGGCGGACGCGCUCUCUGCGGCCCGGCCUCAAGUCAUCAGCGCCGCCGCCGCCCCCAACAGGACUCUCGUCACCGCUCCGUGAUUGCAGAGGGGAAGAUGGAGCCGAUGAACGUCGCUACUGACAGCGGGGACCGGCCCGGGGCCCUGGCGGGCUCAGGCCUGUCGGCUUCCCAGCGUCGGGCCGAGCUGCGGCGGAGAAAGCUGCUCAUGAACUCGGAACAGCGCAUCAACCGGAUCAUGGGCUUUCACAGGCCCGGGAGCGGCGCGGAAGAAGAAAGUCAAACAAAAUCAAAGCAGCAGGACAGUGAUAAACUGAACUCCCUCACCAUUCCUUCAGUUUCAAAGCGAGUAGUGCUGGGUGAUUCGGUCAGUACAGGAACAACUGACCAGGCGAGCGGUGUGGCCGAGGUAAAGGGGACUCAGCUGGGAGACAAAUUGGACUCUUUCAUUAAACCACCUGAGUGCAGCAGUGACGUGAGCCUUGAGCUCCGGCAGCGGAACAGAGGGGACCUGACAGCGGACACUGUUCAGAGGGGUUCUCGCCAUGGCCUAGAACAGUAUCUCUCCAGAUUUGAAGAAGCAAUGAAGCUCAGGAAACAGCUGAUUAGUGAAAAACCCAAUCAAGAGGAUGGAAAUACAACAGAAGAAUUUGACUCUUUUCGAAUAUUUAGAUUGGUGGGAUGUGCUCUUCUUGCCUUUGGAGUCAGAGCUUUUGUUUGCAAAUACUUGUCCAUAUUUGCUCCAUUUCUUACUUUACAACUUGCAUACAUGGGACUAUACAAAUAUUUUCCCAAGAGUGAAAAGAAGAUAAAGACAACGGUGCUAACAGCUGCGCUUCUGUUAUCUGGAAUUCCUGCUGAAGUGAUAAAUCGAUCAAUGGAUACCUAUAGCAAAAUGGGCGAAGUUUUCACAGAUCUCUGUGUCUACUUUUUCACUUUUAUCUUUUGUCAUGAACUGCUUGAUUACUGGGGCUCUGAAGUACCCUGAAGCCUGCAGAACUCAGAAGGAGAAGCUUUAAAAAAUCGAAUUUCUCUUCUACGUUGCAAUGUCUUUAAUUUAAAGAGGCAAAUCAGUUUACACCUUUAUGUAAUUCUUUUACUUUAUAGGGGUUGUAAAGCCACUUGAUUAGGAUUGGAAUGGCAGGUUCCCUGAUUUAAAAGGGUUGAGUUUGUAUUAAUACUGAUGUGAUGAAUAGAGUACGAAUGUCAUUAAUUGAUUUUUCUUGUUUAAUUAGAAUCCCUAGUCUACACCUUUCCCUAACUUCUCUGAUUUGUGAUUCUUCUUUUGGGGGCUGAGCUAGUGCUUUUAGGCUACCAGAUGAACAUGGUCUCAGCCAGUCCAAAGACUGUAUCUUGUAUUUCUGUUGUUCUGUCCUAAGAAAUGGAGCCAUCUUUAAAAAUAAAAUGAAAGAAACUGAAA